AUGAGGGGGACUUGUCGCGGAUGCUCACAAAGAAAGAAAACGCUGCUUUGGCGAAGGAGAGAGCCAACGCCCGCUUGA